GGACUCCGUCUCCGUCUCGCCCCUGUCCUGUGCCGCGCGGCCUGGCUCUCUCCCCCCGACGGAACGGGCCGGACGGCCCGUCUCUUUUAUAUACUCCCCGCCUCACCUUCCCAUCUUUGCAGCAGCGGGAUCAUCAUCUUGGCCCCGUGAGUCCACCACCACCCCACAUCACCGGCCGCGGCCUAGUCCCCUCCGCCAGUCCCUCCUCCUCCUCCUCCUCCGGGCGCCGCGUCGCUUUCCUGGUCGCAGCAGAACCGGCUUGAUCAAUCCCCGGCCGGGCGAGCGCGAGGAGGAAGGCAAGCGAGCGGCCAUGUGCCCGGGGUCGGUGGACGCGGCGCCGGCGGCGGGGAAGAGCGUGUGCGUCAUGGACGCCGCGGGGCCGCUGGGCCACGCGCUCGUCGACCGCCUCCUCCGCCGGGGCUACACCGUCCACGCCGCCACGUACGGCCGCGGGGAGGACGAGGACGGCGCGGAGGACCCGGCGGCGGCCGCGCUGCUCAAGCACCUGUCGCGCGGCGGCGACGCGUACGGGCACCGCCUCAAGGUGUUCCGGGCCGACCCCUUCGACUACCACGCCAUCGCCGACGCCAUCCGCGGGUGCGCCGGCGUCUUCUGCAUGUUCAACACGCCCGACGACCAGGCGCAAUGCGAUGAGGUGACGGUGGAGGAGGAGGUUCGCGCGGCGCACAACGUGCUGGAGGCGUGCGCGCAGACGGACGCCAUGGAGCGGGUCGUCUUCACCUCCUCCCUCACCGCCGUCGUCUGGAACGGCGACGCCGACAAGGAGGAGGAGCACCUCGCCGUCGACGAGAGGUGCUGGAGCGACCUCGCCUUCUGCAGGAAAUUCAAGCUGUGGCACGCCCUGGCCAAGACGCUCUCGGAGAAGACGGCGUGGGCGCUGGCCAUGGACCGGGGCGUCGACAUGGUGGCCGUCAACGCCGGCCUGCUCACGGCGCCGGGGCUCACCGCCGCGCACCCCUACCUCAAGGGCGCCCCCGACAUGUACGGCGCCGGCGUCCUCGCCACCGUCGACGUCGACUUACUCGCCGACGCGCACGUCGCCGCCUACGAGUGCCCCACCGCCUACGGCAGGUACCUCUGCUUCAACAACGCCGUGUGCCGGCCCGAGGACGCCGUCAAGCUCGCGCAGAUGCUCUCGCCGGCCGCGCCACGCUCGCCACCAAGCGACGAGCUGAAGGUGAUCCCACAGAGGAUCCAGAACAAGAAGCUCAACAAGCUCAUGCUGGAGUUCGCCGGCGGGGUAUACGGGGAGCUGGACUAGGGAUUUCCCCUAUAUUUAUUCAGUUGAUUAAUUACAUCCCACAGAUGCAACUAGGGUUGUACUCGUAUUCUUUUGUAUCUAUAUUAGUAGUGGUUGUAUUCUUUUGUUUCCCCUCAAAAAUGGGAAAUUUGUUUGGCUGGCCGGAUGCACACGCUGUGCCCUGACAAGGGUAUUUGAGUGAUAAAUUGCCAAGAAAAGUAUCUAGAUUGAACAAAGGGGCAAAUAAAGUUGCAGUACUGUUACUGCCAGUGUACAGGAAAUAUGAUGGAGAAAUGCUCAGCCUUCUUUCUAGUAUCUACAAGGCAUUA